AUGAUGAAACUGUGUAUUGCUAAGCAUGGAGACCCUUUUACUGAUGGAGAUUUUAUAAAAGCACCUUUCCUAGAGUACUCUGAGGUGUUAUUUGAUGGCAUAUCAAACAAACACGUUAUCAUCUCAUGGAUAAAAGACAUGGCUGUCUCAGCUAAAACCGUGGAGAGACGUAUUUCUGAAGUGGCUGAUAACGUAAGUCAGCAGCAAAUGGUUGCUUUAACAAGUGCACCUGUGUUCAUUGUGGCCCUGGAUGAAAGCGUGGAUAUCAGUGGCAUCCCCCACAUGGCUGUUUUUGCCAGGUAUAGUGACAAAGAGGUACCCAAGGAGCUGUGUUGUCUUAAACCUAUGUAUGGCACCACCAAGGGAGAAGACAUACUGAAGGCGUUCACUGACCAUUUUGAGAACAGAGGGGUAGACAUAGGAAAGAUUUUUGCCAUUACAACAGGGGUGCUCCUGCUAUGGCAGGAAAAAAAGGGGGGUUUUACUAAGAUGGUUGAGGAUAAAAUUGGGCACCCCAUUCUGAAAUUCCACUGCAUAGUUCAAGAAAAUUUAUGUGCCAAGAUCUCGAGCUCUGAUCUCAACAAGGUGAUGGCUACUGUUACAAAAGUAGUAAUUUUUCUUGUUGCACACUCUUCUCUUACACACAGGCAGUUUCAAGCUUUCCUUGAAGAGGUGGACAGUGUGAACAAAGAUAUACCCUUGCACUGCAGUGUUAGGUGUUAA